AUGGACGCCUCCCAGAAAUUGGUCUACAAGGGAUACACACUUUGUCCGAACACCGAUAUCUCCAAACUUGAGAAUGGAGUCUUAGAGAAAUUUCUCCGUCAUGAUGACAUCAUUGUGCAAGGGUUUCCCAAGUCUGGUAACACCUGGAUGAUAUUCUUACUGCAAGAGUUAUACCCCGAUUUGAAUGUGUUUCAGCACGGUGACAAGAAAGUGCCUCCAAUGCUAGAGUGGUUGAUAAUAGAACCCACGAUGUUCGGUGAGGUCGAUACACCUCUACUUAAUACCGUAAAAUCAUUUCAAAUGAACCCGAGCGUGACGUCAUCACCACGGCUUAUCAAGUCGCACCUCCCGUACGAAGUAUUCCCAAAGCAAGCACUGCAGACUGGUACCAAAGUAAUAUACAUCGCUCGUAACCCUAAAGAUGUCGUCACUUCUAGCUAUCAUUGGUUUUGCAGAACAAAUUUCAUGAAGGGAAAAGUUACACGAGAAGGCCAUCUUAAAAAUUUCAUAGAUAGGAUCAUUCCAAGUACACCGUGGGUAGAUCACGUAGCUGGUUGGAGGGAACACAGUGAAGAUGAGAACGUGUUAUGCGUCACCUACGAAGACAUGGUAAAAGACACCAAGACCACUGUCCGCGCGAUAACAGAGUUCCUGGGACGGCCAGUGCCGGAAUCGCAUUUAGAAAAUGCUAUAUCUAAAACUUCCUUCGAUAAUUUACGUAAUAAUCCAACGUCUGCAUCUAAAAUCGAUAUUGACGAGACAUUUAUGCCAAAUUAUGUUGCUGGCUAUUUUAGGAAGGGGAAAGUUGGCGACUGGAAGAACCAUUUCACUGUGGCCGAAAAUGAGAUGUUUGAUGACGUCAUAGUGAAGAAAUUAAAAGAAAAGGGAAUAGAAUUCGUGUAUGAAUUGUAA